AACAUUAACAUUUAUCUUAUAGUCCAAAUAAGUCGUGACUAGUUUUUGCUGUCAUAUUCUUGUGUCGAAUAAACAUCUAAAAUGUUUCACGAAGCAGUGUUUUUAUUUGCUGUCCUUGGAUCGAUCCACUCAAUCAAUGGAGGAUCAGUACCUGUAACAAAAUGCACGGCAAGUGAUUCGGAUUGCAUAAAGAAAUCUGCGCAAACGUUGCUCCCGUUGCUAGCUGAAGGGAAAGUGUCGGCGGAGUUGAAGAGUUUGGACCCACUCAUCAUAGAGAAGAUUGACGCGACCCAACAGAACUUACAUCUGAUAGCCCAUGGUGUUACAGUAAAAGGCCUCAAGGAAUGCACUAUUGAUAGUAUAUCCCGUGAUGCAGCUAAAUCAAAAAUGAACGUAAACGUACUAUGCACCGUGGUGGUUGAAGGAGAGUAUGAGAUUAAAGGCAAAGUUCUGGUAUUGAAAUUAGACGGACACGGGCAUUUGAUAGUUAGUCUCAAAAAAAUCCUGAUAACUGUCGACGUGGACAUGGAGGAAAUCGAAAAGAGCGGUAAAAAAUAUUGGAAUGUUAAAAACUGGGACUCGUCUUACAUAAUAAAGGAGAAAGCUAACAUUGAGCUCACCAACCUAUUCAAUGGAAGCGAGGAACUAACUCAAGCUAUCCGCGAUUUGUUAGGAGCAAGUGCAAACGAAAUUGUAACAGAACUAGGUCCACCCAUCGUCAAAGCUAUCACCACGGAAGUUGUCAACACUGUCAACGGCUUCUUCCAUCUCACUCCAAUUGAGGAGCUUGCACUUGACUAAAAUAAGUCAAGUACUUUAAAAUUUUCGCUUAUCCGAUAAGUAAGUAAUAACGGUUGAUAAAAACAUAUAAACCUCAUUUGUAAAGAAAUUAAAAUAACCUCAUUUUUAAAGAGUGUUUAUUCUAUAACCAUGGUAAUUGUAACGGCAUUGCAAUAUAGGAUACUCAAUUAAAAUAAGGUAUAUAAUGAUAAUCAAAUAAAUUACUAUCACUCCAAUCUAAGCGGCCAUGAAAGGUCAUAUUAAACUUUCACCUACAAAGUAUAAUUAAAACUCUCUAUGAAAUUUAUGUCAAGGUAAUGUAUGUUAUGUAAUCAGCUUAAAAUCGACCAAACAAGAAUUAUUCUUGCAAUAUUAAAAUUUAUACAAACUAUUGGCCAAAUUUUAAAAAUGAACGGGCUCAAAAUAUGUACCUAUUGACAUCUUACUUAUUAAUGUAAUGUACCCUAUAUUUAAAAGAUAAAUGAUUAUAUAUAUUUUUUUAACAAGUGUCUAUUUUCUGGUCUAUUCUUUUUUCAAUUAAAUGAUCUUCUGAUUACCUCAUUAAAAGCGUUU